AUUUAUUUAUAUUAUUUACGCAACGGAAACCAAAAACACACACAGUCACACACUCCCGCCCUUUGACGCAGCUUUCGACGUCUCAUUUCCCGUCACUCAUUUCUCAGAGUUCAGCUAAAAUCCAAAAAUGGUAACUCAUCCCGCCGCCAACACCGCCGGAGCCGGCCACGCCCAGGAUUCAUCCGCCGGGUUUAAGCUAGUGGGUUUCAAGAAUUUCAUCCGGGCCAACCCGAAGUCCGAUUUGUUCGAGGUGAAGCGCUUCCACCACGUGGAGUUCUGGUGUGGAGAUGCCACCAACACUUGCCGCCGCUUCUCAUGGGGUCUCGGCAUGCCGAUUGCGGCGAAAUCGGACCUCUCCACCGGCAACUCCGUCCAUGCCUCCUAUCUCCUCCGCUCCGGCGAACUCGAUUUCCUCUUCACCGCUCCUUAUUCGGCGUCCGUUUCCAACCCGGCUUCUGCUUCUAUCCCCUCCUUCUCCACCGCCACUCAUCGUUCCUUCACCUCCACCCAUGGCCUCGCGGUGCGCGCCGUCGGGAUAGAGGUCGUUGAUGCCGAAGCCGCUUUUUCCGUUGCCGUUUCUCGCGGGGCGAAACCCGUUUUCGCCCCGGUUGUACUGAACGGUUCGAUGGCGAUUGCGGAAAUUCAUUUGUAUGGGGACGUUGUGUUGCGGUUUGUUAGUCAUAAGGAUGCUGACAACCAAAUUUUUUUACCUGGGUUCGAGGCAGUUGAGGAUGUAAGCAGUUCCUAUGCAGAGCUGGAUUAUGGGAUUCGCAGGCUGGAUCAUGCUGUUGGAAACGUGCCGGAAUUGGGGCCUGCUGUUGAAUAUGUGAAAAGUUUUACUGGGUUUCAUGAAUUUGCUGAAUUCACUGCUGAGGAUGUUGGGACUGCUGAGAGUGGUUUGAAUUCGGUGGUUUUGGCUAAUAAUAAUGAAAAUGUUUUGUUGCCAAUGAAUGAGCCUGUUUAUGGGACUAAAAGGAAGAGCCAGAUUCAGACUUAUCUGGAGCACAAUGAGGGAGCAGGACUGCAGCAUUUGGCAUUGGUGAGCGAGAACAUAUUCAGAACACUGAGAGAAAUGAGGAAGAGGAGUGGGGUGGGAGGUUUUGAGUUUAUGCCGUCUCCUCCGCCUACUUAUUAUAAGAACUUGAAGAAUAGGGCUGGGGAUGUGUUGAGCGAUGAGCAGAUUAAGGAGUGCGAAGAGUUGGGGAUUCUUGUAGAUAGGGACGAUCAGGGAACUCUUCUUCAGAUCUUCACCAAGCCUGUUGGGGACAGGCCUACGAUAUUCAUAGAGAUAAUUCAAAGAGUGGGGUGCAUGAUGAAAGAUGAGGAAGGAAAAGUUCACCAGAAGGGUGGGUGUGGAGGAUUUGGGAAGGGAAAUUUUUCCGAACUCUUCAAAUCUAUCGAAGAGUAUGAGAAAAUGCUUGAAGCUAAACAAAUUCCACAAACUACUGCUGUGUGAUUUUGAAUCCUCUUCCCUUAGCAGUAAUAGCUAUUCCAUAAUUCCCAGAAAAAGGGAUGAAUCAUGUACGCGAAUCUCAGAUAUGGUAUCCCAAGAAUCUCUGUACUCUGCAAAACCUAGUUGAUUAGGUUGUACUCCUGUGGGUUAGGGCCAGGUCACUUUAUUUGGACUGUAAAUGUAAUACAUAAACACAAAGUUGGAAAUUCAGUUAUAAUCUAAAUGUGGCCCCUUUACCAUAUUGAAAUAUCUACUGCUGAUUAGCAAAGGAAGUUAAGCAGGCCAUUUGUAUCGAAAGAAAACUAUGUUCAUUCCUUCCUCUAACAGCCGGCUUGGGGAACAAAUGGCCUUUUACUGCUUAUUUUAGUUGAACAAAGUCAAAUACAUCGUGCUUAUGACAUAAUGUGAAC